GGUUCAAGCCCAUGGCCGUACCUAAUCACCUAUGUCAUGCUCCGUUUCCUUGCUUCCUCAGGCGGUCUCGCAGCUUUCCGCGAUGCAUUCUGGAUUCCACUCAUGCAAUACAGCGACCGCAGCAUGUUGAUGCUCUCAUUCAACCAUGUCCUGGCUCUUUCUCUCAGUUGGCACACGAAACGCAAGAUUGGUGAGCUGCUCUGUAUUCUUGAUAGAGGAAGCGCAAUAAACCGCCUUGGCGAGCUUAUUGGGUUCACAGUGGUUCCUGCACUCGUGGAUAUAUGUGUUGCGCUCGUUGUGUUUGUCGUCAAGUUCGAACCUGCGUUGGGCGCUGUGGUUGGAGUCGUGAUGGGGAGUCAUAUCUGGGCGAGUGUCGUGCUUACGAGGUAUAGGACUAGCAUAUGGAGACUGAUGAAUGAGCGGGAUGUGAACAUGCGUGGGAUUCAUACGGAUUGUCUCCUCAAUUACGAGACUGUCAAGUAUUUCGGUGGGGAGGAGUAUGAGGCGCAGAGAUAUACGGAGGCUAUCGAGGAGUAUCAGAGUUUGGAGAAGAGGGUUGUCCUAUCUCUCAACCUGCUGAACCUCGUGCAAACACUCAUCAUCACCUCUGGUCUUCUGGUCGGUUCCUUGAUCGUCGCGUCGCGCAUCACAAGGGGACAGAGUAAUACUAGUGAUUUUGUGGUGUUCAUCACUUAUUAUGCGCAGCUCUAUUUCUCUCUGUCGAACCUCGGCGGCGUAUACCGCGUAAUCAACCAAAGCCUCAUCGAUACCGAGAAAUUGCUUCACCUUCUCAAUGAGCCCACUGAAGUG